UCCACUAUUGAUGCCUGUGUAUCGCUUUGAAAUUAAAAUUCAAUCUGUUGUCGGGUUUGUCUAUCGCAGUAUUUACAAAGAUUUAUCUUUUCUGGGUUAUCAAAUGAUUCUAAAAAGAAGUUGGCGUUUUCUUACGUAACGUAAGAAUUAGGUUUCUGCUCUUUUCGGAGCAAUCAGUUAAUCGUUCAGUUUAUGCAUUUGAACUCAACUCAAACGUUCGUUGAGCGGUCCAUUAAUAUUUUUCACCUGGAAUUAUCAUGGAUAUUAAUAAUAAAGUCGCUAUAAUUACUGGUGGUGCAGGCGGAAUUGGCGCAGCGAUUGUGAAGCGGCUAUUAGAACAUGGAAUAAAGUUAGUCGCCUUAUUUGACCUAGACAAUUCCAACACUAAAAAAAUUUUUAUGGAUUUGCAAAAAAAAUAUGGCAAUAGAGUUGAAUUGUAUCCGUGUGAUGUUACAAAUAAAGCUCAAUUCGAAGAAAAUUUCGACAAAGUUUUAAAAACUCACAAGACAAUCGAUAUACUUCUCAAUAAUGCAGGUAUCGGUUCCGAUAUUCACACCGAGCUCAUGAUUGAUCUGAAUUACAAAGCCGUCGUUUUAGGAAGUUUACUGUUCAUCGAACGUCUGGGUAAACAUAAAGGUGGCAAGGGAGGCAUAAUCGUCAAUACCGCUUCGAUACUAGGACUGAGAAACUUUGAUUGUUUACCUGUAUACUGUUCAACGAAACAUGCUGUUGUUAGCUUCACCAGAUGUCUAGAUGUACAAUACGAUACUACGGGUGUCCGAGUUGUUGCAAUUUGUCCCGGUGUGACGGAAACUCCACUUGUAUCCAGUGUUUCAAAAGCAAUGGAUUUUAUCGUGGAUGAUAUUGAAAAAAAAUUGAGGGAACUAGGGUCUCAAGCGCCUGAAUUUGUGGCAGAUGCUGUCGUCAAGAUUAUUCAGAAAGGAAAGAGCGGAGACGUUUGGGUAUCGGAGGCUAGUCAAGCUCCUUAUGCAGUUAAGGAUAUUGGAGACUAUGCCAAUUUACGCAUACCUAUCGAGGAAUAAGGAGGACGUAAUGUAAAAGUUAUUUAAAUUUUGUGCACCGAUAUUUUUAGGAUAUGAUAUAGUUUUUAUUAUGAAAUAAAAGGUGUCAAUAUAAAGAGAAAAAGAGCGUAUUCA